GUUUUCUCCACCCCUACUCCCAUUACUCUCACUCCCUCCUUUCUUCUUCUGGACCACUACUCUCUCCCACACUCAUCUUCUCCGCCCAUCUUCCUCUUCGGAAGAUGAAUUUUCCGAUCAAUUUUCCUUUCAGAUCUGGACUUGCUGUUUCCUUCUCCGAUCAUCGUCGUCAUGUUUUUCACGAAAAAUCUCUGAGAUAAACCCCCCUCCCCCUUUCGCUUUUUUUUUCCCUUUAUUCUCAACUGCUUCUUGCUCCACCAUUUUUCCGGAGGUAUUUUUCUCUUUCGGUCUUUGUAUAUACAUUUUUGCGGUGUUUUUUUUUUGCUUUCGAUCGCUGCACGGAUAUCCUGAGUUUGGAGUAGCUGACCUGUGAGCGUGUGGAAGGAUUAGUGGAAGAGUGACAUUGAUUCCAGAGCUGUUUGGUUCUUCGUUUUUGACUGGGAGAUUUUGGUUGCACAUGCAACUAUCUGAAGUUCAUUUCUCUGUGAUUUCGUUUUUACUAGUCCGUGAAUUUCAAUGCUAGACCGUGUUUGUCAUUAGUCUCUGAAAAUCGAGCUGCACAGAAGAGAGUUUCAGGAGGCGUAGUUAGGAAGUUUCAUCGAAGCGAAUCUGUACUGUUUUUUUUUUUUUUUUUUCCUUUCUUUACCCUUUUUUAUUUUCGGAAAUUUCUCGAGGGAGGAGAGAUUUUUCUGUUCGUUUCUUCUGGGUCAUGCCUUUUCCGAUGAAGAUCCAACCGAUCGAUAUCGAUGUUCAAACGGUCAGAGAACAGGUUCGUACAGAGUCGGCCAAGCCUGUGUUUAAAUCACGACUGAGGCGUCUUUUCGAUCGGCCGUUUCCGAGCGUUCUGAGAAUUUCUGCAGUUGAGAAGCCGAUUAUUGUCGGAGAAUCAGCUCAGUUUAGCAGCAAAGAUGGAGGAGGAGGAGGAGGAACCGAGUUGGAGCCAAGUUCAGUUUGCUUGGAUAAGAUGGUGCAAAAUUUCAUCGAGGAGAACAACGAAAGGCAACCGGCAACCGUAAAGUAUGGCCGUAAUCGCUGCAAUUGCUUCAACGGCAAUAGCAAUGACAGCUCCGACGAUGAAUUCGAUGUUUUUGGGGGUUUUGGUGAAUCGAUCACCUCCGGAUCAUCCGGUGGCGAUGCAUGUGAUAUUCUCAAGGGUUUAAUUCCUUGCACGAGCGUUACGGAGAGAAAUCUCUUGGCGGACGCUUCGAAAAUUGUCGAAAAGCAUAACAAAAUUCACAAACGGAAAGACGAUCUCCGCAAAAUCGUAACGGAUGCUCUCUCUUGUCUCGGUUACAAUUCUUCCAUCUGCAAAUCAAAAUGGGAGAAAUCCCCUUCUUUCCCAGCUGGUGAAUACGAAUAUGUGGAUGUGAUUCUGGACGGAGAACGAUUACUCAUUGACAUCGAUUUUAGGUCUGAAUUCGAAAUUGCUCGUUCAACAGGAGCAUAUAAGACCAUUCUUCAGACGCUGCCGUACAUCUUCGUCGGAAAAUCGGAUCGUCUGGGACAAAUUGUAUCCAUCGUAUCGGAAGCUGCAAGACAAAGCUUGAAGAAGAAAGGAAUGCACUUUCCACCAUGGAGGAAAGCAGAGUACAUGCUUGCUAAAUGGCUCUCUACUCCUACCAGAACCGCCGAUUCUAUCUCUAACGCUUCUCCAAAGACCGAACCCGAUGAAACCAAAUCUCCAAUAAUCGAGAACGACCCGCUGGUAACCUACACCGAUUGCGGUGAAUUCGAGUUGAUCUUCGGCGAGGAAUCAAGUACAAAGAGUACCAACUUGUCCAUCUCCGGCGAUACUGAAUCGCCGGCUGGUGAAAAUAAACCGCCGGCGGGGUCUGCUCCUCCGUGGCAACCUCCUGCGAUCAAGCCAAAGAGCAUAGAUAAAGGAGCUAAGAUAGUUACCGGGUUAGCUUCCCUUCUCAAAGAGAAAUCUUGAGAGGAAAAAAAAAAAGUUUUGGAUUUUUCCUUUUUCUUUUAUUAUUAUUAUUUUUUAUCUCUUUGAUUAAAAAAAAAAUA